AUGGCAGAAAAGGAGGUCGUGGUGCUGGAAAGGCAAGCAUCCGACAAUGCCUGGGGUGCGUGGACCCCGGAUAUUGUAGUUGGGAUCGAUUUCGGAAUGACUUAUACUGGGGUUGCGUAUUCCUGUGCGCCAGAAUGGCUUCCCCCAAAAACCAUUCAACGUUGGCCCGGCAAAUUGCCAGGCGAGCUUUCCAACAAAGUUCCUACGUGUAUUGAGUAUGAUCAACAGUCAGGCUUGAUCAAGAAUUGGGGCUUCAAGUGUGACCAAGAAGAUGCAAAUGCUGAUAUUAAGGAAUUUUUUAAAUUGCAUCUUGCACCUCAUUAUCACGAUGACUUGCCGGGGAGUCCGAGUCGACAGGACGCUCAGCGUUGGUUUCAAGAUUACAUUCAGUGCAUCUACCUGCACGUGAUCUCUCAUUUUAACGCAACAAUUCCUCAUUUUAGCUCGAGCAAGGUUGAGUUCCUUUUCAGUGUGCCAACUACAUGGAGGGAUGUACGCAUGGUGGAAGAAACACGCCGGCUUCUCCAGCGCGCAAUAAAUUCGAAAACACCAAAUCAUCACGUUUCUGUUGGUCUAACUGAGGCAGAGGCUGCGGCAGUUUAUGCAGGAAAUGAACAUUACCAGCUGGAUGAUACCAUUCUUAUCUGUGAUGCAGGCGGGGGAACAACUGAUGUCAAUGUACUGAAGCUCAUUUCUUCGCGAGGAGAACCGACUAGGCUCGAGCAGUUGGGCCAUGUGGAAGGCCAGCCUAUUGGGUCGGUAUUCAUCGAUAGAAAGAUGCAUCGACUCAUCUGCCAUCGCCUUGAAGGGAUCAGCGAGCAUCUUAGCAUUCAACCAAGUGAGGCCGCGUGGAAAAUGACGUCAGGCCGAUUUCAGAGACUCAAGUGUACAUUUGGUACGGAAUCUACAUUGACUCCGUGGUUGAAGCUUGAUGUACCAUGCUUGAAGUCUGAUUUGGACUUCUCUGAAGCCUCGAUAUUCGAGGGACAAAUGCUCAUUGCAUGGGAUGACCUCAAGAUGUGUUUCGAUACCAAGAUUGAUGAAAUGGCAGUUCUUUUGGAUGAACAUAUCAGAAAUCUGUUGACUAAAUACCCCGAUGACCACAUUAAAUAUGCCGUCCUUUCUGGCGGAUUUGGCAGUUCUCCAUAUGUGAGACAAUGUCUUGUGGAUAGGUAUAGCAACACAAGCAGUCUGAAUCAUCCAAACGCGGUGGGAAUGCAAGUUUUGGUCGCAGAUGAGCCGUAUGUCAAUGCAAUAUUUAGAGAUCGACAGCAUUUUGUGAGAAGGCUGACGCAUAUGAACCGACAAAGGCAGCUCGUUGUUGUUCACGGUUUAGUUCUUGAUCGUAUACAACAAAUCAAACGAGGAAUAGUCACGUUUGGAUCUCGAUGCUCUCCAAUGAGCUAUGGUAUUAUAUGUGACAAGAUAUAUAAUCCAGAAAAGCAUGUCGGGGAGCGUGUCCGGCUUGAUCCUCGAGACAGGAAAACUUAUGUUAUCGAUCAAAUCGACUGGCUUGUCAUCCGGGGUGCUCCCAUUCCAUGUACCGGAAUAAACAAGCCAUUUCAAUUGAAAACAAACCUGGGACGUGAAGCCGAGCCGUGGAGAGUUAGCAUUGUCAUGUCCCAUUUACCCCUCGACAGGUUACCACACAAUAUGUGCCAAAAUGGUGUGCAGCGAGUUUGUGACCUUGAUAUUUCCACCGAAAAUGUCUCCAGGAAGCUGAAGAAUCGACAUUGGUAUAACAUGGGACCGUCAUUUUGGCGAACAACAUUUGAUGUCAAAGUAGUGGUCGGGCCCGCCGACCUCUCAUUUCAACUAUGGUCAAAGGACAAGAGAAUACGGAGUAGCUCGCAUGAGCCCAUUGCUGUGAAAUGGAUGCCGGCUGGGGAAUAUUGA